AUGCGCAUAAAACUUUCGAGUAAAUUAUUUUUGCUCUAUUUGUGCUUUGCAUUAUUCUCAUUAAGAUCCAAUGCCUGCACAUUUAAUUUGGUUGAAGCUGCUGAUAACAUUGCAGGUACCAACUUGAAUUCAACGGACAAUAAUGGUUCUCAGAAGUGCUUGGAAAUAUUUUCAAUACCAUCAAAAGAACAGUGUGAGUUUGCUGAGAGAUACUGUGGAGAGUACAAGCUUGGAACGAUCAACUAUUUCAAAAUUUACUAUUGUGGAUCAACCAGUGAGGUAACCCGUAAGGUUGUCUUCUUUCCUUUUACAUUGCUCAUUCUAGCAUUUUUAUUCUUGGCAUUAGGCAUUGUUGCUGGGGAAUACCUAUGUCCAAAUUUGAGUGCAAUUUCAAAUUUCUUGCAGAUUCCUGAUAAUAUUUCUGGAAUGACUCUUUUGGCUUUUGGUAAUGAUUCUCCAGACAUAAUGAGUACAUACAGCUCGUUCAGUACGGGCAAUGCAUCCUUGGCAAUCGGAGAAUUGAUAGGUGCUGCUUUCUUUGUUACCUGCUUUGUAGUGGGUACAGUGUCCAUUAUUCACCCUUUCUCAUUAUUACCCAAAGAACAGACAGCUACAGAACUUCCAAGCCAGGAUAAUACGUCCGAUGUUUCCUGGUACAGAAUCAGAAAUUCAAAACUUGUUUUCUUGCGAGAUGUGUGCUUUUUCGUUUUGUCACUUCUCCUUAUAAUGGUAUUUCUUCUUAAGGGAAGAUUUACAAAGUCAACGCUCAUACUUUUAACAGGGCUCUACAUUUUUUACACUGCGAUGAUUGUGUCUUGGCAGCAUAUAUAUGACAAAACUAGAAAGAACUUAGAAGCCACAGCUCGGGCUCGUAGUUUAUACGAUGACGAACGACCUUUGCGGUUUGCUAACGAUAAUCUUGAGUUUGAGAACGAGUAUACAUUCAAUCCGGCAGUUUUAAGCAAUUUUGAAUUUGGCUCUGUGUUAAGUGGUUUGACUAAGAGCAGAUCAAUACAAAUAUCUCCAGAGAGUAUUCUUCAUUAUUCAGACAAUGAUGAUGCUACACAAUAUGAAACGAGGCUUCAGAACUUGGAUGGAGAAGAGAUAUAUUCGGAAACAGAAGGUCAGUUACGUGUACACGGGGAAGAGGAUUCACUUAGAGAAGAGACUCGAAAUAUUGAUGGUAGCAAUGGCUUAACCCAUUUGAUCACUUUAAUAUUUAAAAUAGUAAGUGCUCCAAUUAAAGGCAUUCUGUGUAUUACCGUGCCCAAAGUUACUACCGAUUUUUAUCAUACCGAGCACAAAUUUAGGUUCAAUGAAUUAGCAAGUUUAUUAAGCUCCGCGUUACUUUCAGGUACCAUCAUACAAUAUGCACUUUUUAAGCAGAAUUCAUUGAGGAGUAGUAUUUUACAGUUUGGACUAUCAUUAUUGCUUAUGGCAUGCACAUAUUAUAAUAUGAUUAUAUCUGGGCACCAGAUGGAUUUGUUGAAAAUGUUUCUUUCGGCAGUCGGAUUUAUGGCAUCAAUUUCAUGGAUAUCUUUUAUAGCUGAGGAACUCAUCAAUAAUUUGAAGUUUAUAUCAGUUCUUACGAAAUUAUCCGAGGCCAUAUUGGGUUUAACAGUGUUUGCUAUUGGAAACUCUGUUGGCGAUUUAAUAAGCGAUAUAGUUGUUGCCAGAUUGGGCUAUCCGUUGAUGGCAUUGGCGGCAUGCUUGGGCGGGCCAUUAAUGAACAUGCUUUUAAGUAUUGGUGUCAAUGGUUUGAUAGUCGGUGGAAGAGUGAGCAUUAACACCAGUUUCAGUCUCUAUUCCAGUUGUGUAUUUAUCAUGAUUAACCUCAUAUUUAUGUUGGUGUAUGUGCCGAGAAAUGAUUGGAAGUUUGACCGUCUAAGUGGGACCAUAAUGAUAUCUGUUUGGUGCUUUGGUACGUUGGUGAACGUUUUAAUAGAGCUUUUCAAUUGA